AUGACCAUCUACGAUACCAUUGUCAUCGGCGCCGGCAUGGCCGGCCUCACUGCCGCCCGCGAUCUCUCCACCCGCGGCCACUCGGUCCUCCUCCUCGAGGCCCGCGACCGCAUCGGCGGCCGCACCUACACCACCGACGCCUUUGGUGGGCAGUUCGACCUUGGCGGCGGCUACGUGCACUGGACCCAGCCCGCCGUCUGGUCCGAGCUCGAGCGCCACGGCCUCGCGCGCCUCGAGCCUCCCCUGGAGUCUGAAGUCUACUACCAGCUCGCAGAUGGUAAAGUCCAUACGAGCGAAAUCGAGAAGACGUAUGGACUCGUGGGGAAGCUGUUUGAGGACGCGCGCAAGAGGUUCCCGCUGCCGUGGGACGUGACGGCGGUGGAUAACAGCGACAUCAACAUGGAGACGAUGGAGGAGAGGAUCGAGGCGAUGGGGCUGUCGAAGCAUGAUGUGGAUCUAAUCAAGGGUGCGCUGAGCGGGCUUAGCCAUGAUUAUAAGAAGCAAGGGUCCACGCAGCUGUUGUUUGCGACGGCGAGUAACUUUGGGAGCUAUGCCGCGGAGCUGGAGACGGCCUCGUCGUGGUGCAUCCCCGGCGGCAUGACGAAGCUGAGCGAGGCCAUCCAGAGCAGCUCCAAAGCCGAGGUGCGACUCAACACGCCCGUCGCCAAGAUUGCCGACAGCGGCAGGGGCGUCACCGUCACCACAUGCGCCGGCGAGGCGAUCCAGUCCAAGACCGUCGUCGUCGCCGUGCCCCUCAACACCAUGCGCCUCUUGGACAUCUCCCCUGCCCUGCCAGAACCCGUACAGGCCAUGUUCAAGACCGGCAAUCCCGUCCGCGGCUCCAAGCUGUGGGUGCGCGUCCGCGGACACAUCACACCCUUCUCCGCCCUCGCCCCCCCCGGUGAGCACCCCUUGAAUGGCAUGCGCGUCGAGAAGCGCUGGGGCGACAACACCAUAAUCCUGUGCAUGAUUUCCCAGUCCGACGGCAUCAAGCACGAUGACAUCCCUGCCGUCCAGACCGCUUUGAGAAAGUUCGUCCCCGAUUUGGAGGUCAUUGACACGGCGUGGCACGACUGGAACGCGGAUGAGUUCUCGCGGGGCGGGUGGAUGAUGCACGCACCGCGGCACUUUCUCGACGGCGCCGUCGAGAUCCGCAAGGGCUAUGGAAGAAUGAGCUUCGCGGGGGCGGACAUUGCGGCCAUGGGCCCCUGUACGAUUGACGGCGCUAUGAGCUCGGGCGCCGCGGCGGCGCGUCAGGUGGAAAAGAUUCUGGAGGGGAAGCAGUGA